UUGUCGGCGUGCUGACGGGAGGGCAAGAGUCUGAAGCAGGAACGGUGUCGGCGGCAGUCAUGGCUUCUCUCGUGAAGAAAAUAAUCAGCAGUGCUAAGGCUCCCGCUGCGCUGGGGCCCUACAGCCAAGCUGUGCUGGUAGACCGGACCAUGUACAUUGCAGGACAGAUAGGUAUAGAACCUUCCACCGGGCAGCUUGUCUCUGGAGGGGCAAAGGAGGAAGCUAAGCAGGCUCUAAAAAACAUGGGAGAAAUCCUGAAAGCUGCAGGCUGUGACUAUAGCAAUGUUGUGAAGACUACGGUUUUGAUGGCAGACAUGAAGGACUUCAAUGAUAUUAAUGAUAUUUACAAACAAUUUUUCAAGACAAACUUCCCAGCCAGAGCAGCUUACCAGGUUGCUGCUUUGCCAAAAGGUGCCCGAGUAGAGAUUGAAGCUGUUGCCAUUCAAGGACCCCUCCAAGACGCUUCAGCAUGACUAUAAAUAGAGACUGAAUAUCCUACAACAACAGUUCUAGAUUUAACACCUCUCUUAAAUCCUAUUCCUACAAUUGUCAUCAGUCACAAGUAGCUGAGAUUGCUAAACUCACCGAGGAAAGGUGCUUUCUUCUGGUUUGUGGCCUUGGGUUCUCUAAAAUCCAGUCUUGCAGUGAGUUCUCUGCCAGCAAACCCUGGAACCUCCAGUAAUUCUCCUGAAAUCAGCUGAGCUUGCUUGCAGGAUAGGGCCUUUACUUUGUGAGAACAACUGGAUAUUCAGGUGUUAAAAGUACACAUUUGGGUGAAUGUAUGGCAGUUAUACUGUGCGUGAUCUGGACGUGGAACGUGUAAUGGCUUGUAACAGAAGAUUUUUAGUAACUUUUAAAUAAGAAAAAAAUGACAGAAAUAGGAAAACAGAACACUUUAAUUCCUCAGUAUACAUUUUCAUUUCUGUAUUUUUCUCUAUUUUUUUUCUGAACUAUUUUAAAUGCAUUCUUUACAGAAUAGAUUAUUGUUGGACCUUACUCAAGUUUUGUUCAUGUGGAAGCAACUGCUGAUAUAUCUGAAUAUUAGAUUAUAUAUCUGAGUAUUAAUUUCAGAAAGGAGAAAAUUAUACUAUUUUGAAGUGCAGAUUUUAUAAAUCAGCUGCAAAUGAGUCUCUGCCUGUAGCCUUUUUUGUAGCAAUUCAACUUUUGGCUAUGUUUUGAUUUUUAUUUUUUUUUUAAAAGACAUUCCAAGUGUAUGAGGGGAAAUACCCUGAAUAAUGAGAAUAAAUUAUAAUUUCAUCUGUAAAAAAUGUGCUUAUCUCUUCUAGGAACAAACGUUUAUUUUCCUGGUUAUGCUUUGGUAUUCCAUUACUAAAAAAAAAAAGUCCUUAUCUUGCUUCUGCAAUAAGAAAUAAUUCAAACCAAAAUAAUGGACUUAUUAUCUAUCUCCUAAUAGCUAAGAAUGAAAAUAAUCCUCAGGAAGCUUUUAGCUACCAUGGCCUUAGUUCUUGGCAUUUUUCUCUCUGCUGUUCAGGACAGAAGCGUAGGCACGAUGAGGUGAUUAAAUAGUAUUGAGAAGUCAGACUGGUGAUUAUAGUAAAUCAUCCCAUCCAUCUGCAUUUAUCUUCCAUCUAAGCAAGUAGAAAUGAAUAUACUUUUCAAAGAACUAGUGUGGAAGUCGGCUACCUCCUGGUAAAGUUGAUUCCCUGCCUUCCCCACAGCCCUCUGCCUAAGCACAAUAUUGGUUUCUUUAGGGAAAACAAACAGAAAUUGCUUUUGCUGUCAUCUGUUCUCCUCAACAGGUUUGUUUUGCUCUCUUCUCUGAAGAUGACCAUACAAUUAUAGAGAGAUAUAUAUAU